AUGAGGCACCAGAUUCGGUUUGAGAAGGGCGCCAGCUGCAGAGAGACACAGUUGGGCUGUAAUCCACUGGCUCUGACUGGAAAACAUGGUUCUCGGUUUGUUAAUUCCACUAGGAAAAAAUCUAGAGCCAAUCCCCACUGGAGAGGUUUCUUUUCUCCAUGGAAAACUCCAAAGCCUAUAAUGGACCGAUGGGAGAAUCAAGGCAGUCCUCAAACGAGUUUAUCUGCUUCGGCCAUACCGCAGAACCUGCCCUUCCCACCCGCCCUUCACAGGAGUUCCUUUCCUGACUCAACAGAGGCCUUUGACCCACGGAAGCCUGACCCCUAUGAGCUCUACGAGAAAUCUAGAGCCAUUUAUGAAAGUAGGCAACAAGUGCCACCCAGGACCAGUUUUCGAAUGGAUUCCUCUGGUCCAGAUUAUAAGGAACUGGACGUUCACCUUCGGAGGAUGGAGUCUGGAUUUGGCUUCAGAAUCCUUGGGGGAGAUGAGCCUGGACAGCCUAUUUUGAUUGGAGCCGUCAUUGCCAUGGGCUCAGCCGACAGAGACGGCCGCCUACACCCAGGAGAUGAGCUCGUCUAUGUGGAUGGGAUUCCAGUGGCUGGCAAGACCCACCGCUAUGUCAUCGACCUGAUGCACCAUGCAGCCCGCAAUGGGCAGGUUAACCUCACUGUGAGAAGAAAGGUGCUAUGUGGAGGAGAGCCCUGCCCAGAGAAUGGGAGGAGUCCAGGCUCUGUAUCCACCCACCAUAGCUCUCCACGCAGUGACUACGCAACCUACACCAACAGCAACCAUGCUGCCCCUAGUAGCAGUGCCUCCCCACCUGAAGGAUUUGCCUCCCACAGCCUGCAGACCAGUGAUGUGAUCAUUCACCGCAAAGAGAAUGAAGGCUUCGGUUUUGUCAUCAUCAGCUCCCUGAACAGGCCUGAGUCCGGAUCCACUAUAACUGUGCCCCAUAAAAUUGGACGCAUCAUUGAUGGGAGUCCUGCAGAUCGCUGUGCAAAACUCAAAGUGGGAGAUCGGAUCUUGGCAGUGAAUGGUCAGUCUAUCAUCAACAUGCCUCACGCUGACAUUGUGAAGCUCAUCAAGGACGCAGGUCUUAGUGUCACCCUUCGCAUCAUUCCUCAGGAGGAACUCAACAGCCCCGCCUCGGCACCUGGCUCAGAGAAGCAGAGUCCCAUGGCCCAGCAGCAGAGCCCCCUGGCCCAGCAGAGUCCUCUGGCCCAGCCAAGCCCCGCCACCCCCAACAGCCCUGUUGCCCAGCCAGCUCCUCCUCAACCCCUUCAGCUGCAAGGACAUGAAAAUAGUUACAGGUCAGAAGUGAAAGCGAGGCAAGAUGUGAAACCAGACAUCCGACAGCCUCCAUUCACGGACUACAGGCAGCCCCCACUGGACUACAGGCAACCCCCAGGAGGGGACUACCAGCAGCCCCCACCCUUGGACUACAGGCAGCCUCCCCUGCUGGACUAUAGGCAGCACUCCCCCGACACCAGGCAGUACCCUCUGUCGGACUACAGGCAGCCCCAGGAUUUUGAUUAUUUCACCGUGGACAUGGAGAAAGGAGCCAAAGGAUUUGGAUUCAGCAUUCGUGGAGGAAGGGAAUACAAAAUGGAUUUGUUUGUGUUGAGACUGGCAGAAGAUGGGCCAGCAAUAAGGAAUGGAAGAAUGAGGGUAGGAGAUCAAAUCAUUGAAAUCAAUGGGGAAAGCACAAGGGACAUGACACACGCCAGAGCAAUAGAACUCAUCAAAUCUGGAGGAAGAAGAGUGAGGCUGCUAUUGAAGAGAGGCACGGGGCAGGUCCCAGAAUAUGACGAACCCGGCGCCUGGAGCGCUCCCGCUGCCGUCGGCCCAGGCCUGCCGGAAGUAGGCGUCUCCCUGGAGGACGUCCUCGCGCCAUUCUCUCCAUCACAUCCAGCCCCACCCUCCGACCCUUCCCACCCGAUAGGCCCAGACCCGGCUUGGGAUAUCAAAAGGGAACACGACGUUAGGAAACCAAAGGAGCUUUCGGCCGGCGGCCAGAAGAAGCAAUCCGCGAGGCACCGAGGCCUGGGAGCACCGACGGGAAGUCCCACGUGUCCAGAGAGCCCGGGCUGCGCCGCGUCCACGCGCAGACCCGAACUGACCCUGAAGCCCCCGGUGCCACGGUGGGGGCUUUGGCAGCUAUGGAAGAACCAAAAUAACAGGGAAGAACAUCACAGAGAGACAGUGCAGUGUAGCUUUAGGUGCAAAAAGGAAAAGAAAAUCCCCCCACCCCCCACUGCAUGA